AUGCCGCCCACUCAGAAGUCCACUUUAUGGCACGCACUUAUUGUAAAUGAACGCAUAUUUUUAUUAACCCUUUCUGCUGCUUCUAAUGUCUCAUGGAAAGGCAAUGUCCCUAAUGAAGCGUCUUUGAAUCGUCUAUUAUUGGUAGAAAAGCCAAAAGAAAAGAUGAAGCAGUCCGAGGAUAACGUGGCCGUUAUCAAAUGUAUUGGUGCUUAUCCCACUGCUACUGUUGUUAAGGUGAUCAAGCAUUCAUUAAAGCAAUUCAAUAUCCAUAAGAUUUUACGCGGCAUUGUUUGUACUUUUCUGAGGGAUGAACGCAAAUUUUCGGUUGAAAAACGAUUAUCUGCUUUACUGAAAGUAGCAAUCCAGCAAAGUUUGAGGAGCAACACGAUUGAGUUUGUAAAUUGA